CUCAAAUAGUGAAGAGCAUGAAUACAUUUUCCUCUACGUGACCAUCCAUAUGUUUUAUCUUUGCAUAUUGCUUUGGAAACCUAGAGAUUAACCAAUAACAUUGUUCUUCCGCCAAAUAAUCCAGUUGUGACAUCUGGACUGUGAGUGUGUUGGAGAAGGUAGGUGUUUCGCAUGAUGGCUGAUACGACAGUGGACGCAACGCGACGGCUCAAUGUCAAGAAACAAACGUUGGAUGAUGCUUAUGCGGCACCAGCAAAUUUUCUUGAAAUCGACGUGAUAAAUCCUAUUACUCAUGGUGUUGGGAAGAAAAGAUACACUGAUUAUGAAGUUAGAAUGAGAACAAAUCUACCUGUCUUCAAAGUGAAGGAAUCUAGCGUUCGCCGGAGAUACAGCGAUUUCGAAUGGCUCAGAAAUGAACUUGAAAGAGAUAGUAAGAUCGUUGUGCCUCCUUUGCCAGGCAAAGCUUGGAAGCGUCAGAUGCCAUUCAGAGGGGAUGAUGGUAUAUUUGAAGAAGAUUUUAUAGAGGACCGAAGAAAAGGACUGGAAAGCUUUGUAAACAAGAUUGCAGGUCAUCCACUUGCCCAAAAUGAGCGAUGCCUUCACAUGUUCUUGCAGGAACCAGUUAUUGAUAAAAACUAUGUCCCGGGAAAGAUCCGGAAUGCGUAAUACUUAAAUAUGCAUUUCUGAUACUCAACUUUCAUUUUCACUUAUUGUUUUGUUAAUAUCAAAAUUGUCAACUUUGCCAUUCCAAAGUUACAAGCUGUACUGUGCUAUCCUGCAGAUAGAAGUCAGAUGAUGUGGUUAUAAGUUAUUUGUGUGUGUGUGUGUGUGUGUGUGUGUGUGUGUGUGUGUGUGUGUGUGUGUCAAAUAUUUAACCACCUUCUGUAAAGGUUUUUCAUUUUAGAAAAAAAAUGUGGGUAAGUUACAGGAAAAGCAUUACCAUGUGAGAUAGUCCUUAUGUAUAUUACUUGUGUGUAAUUGUUUGUUCAGCCACAGAUAAUGUGGAUAAGAGAAUGUAAUCCUGAAUGAGUGGUUUGAAAUUGGGUAAAUGCUAGGCUGUUGAAUAUGAGUAUGUGAUGCUUACAGCCACUCAUGAUUCAUUGAUUUAUGUAGUGACUUAGUUUAUCCUUAAUGGCUUUAAUUGUUAUUAUAAAAUUUAAGAUUGACUAUAUAAUGUUAUGUUGUUCUAAGUAUAAAUAUUUAAAGUUUUUCCCACAUGUUUAAAAUUGUAAAAGAUUGAAAUACUAUUACUCUCCACACUUUCACUGUCAGUUUGAGAACAUUUAAAGACUUAACUGAUCUGUCAAACAUCUGAACCAUGGGGACAAGUCCAGUGUUAAAAUUUAGCUACUGAUAGCUAGUAUUUCACUGAUAUAUGAAUAAUUUACAGGAUAGUUAACUUACCAACCCUAUCUACAUUUUUGUUCUUUGGUUCAAAAUUUCACAGCAGUUUCACUGUAGUUGUAAUGUUUCUUUUGGAUGUACAGUAGUUGUAAGUGGUUGCAUAUUACCAUUUCAAGUAUCUGUAAUCUUGAAAUAUAGAAAUCGUGUGUCUGAAAUUUGUUUACUGUUGAGUGUGUUCUCAUUUGGCAAUAAAACUACGCUUUGUAUUUUCAGUCUCAUUAGAAGAUAAGAUUAGAGAUGUGUGAGAGUGUUGUACAUUUUCUUGAAUGUAUGUGCAAAUCCAGCAGGAGUUGUCAUGUUCACAUGUCACUGUGUAAAUUAUUGGGAUGCAUACUAUUUUAUAUUAACAUAUGUAAAGUUUUUAAAUCCACAAGAACAUUUAUGUAUGGUGCCAGUGUUUAUACUGGUGAUAUUGGA